UUUAGUAAUAAUAUCAGAUAAGCAGCCUAUAUAAACUCAAGAAACUAUAAACCAUUAUUGUGUUUAAGUGUUGUCUAUUGCACCGAAACAACAGAGAAAACAUUCACUUUCAAGAUGAAUUCUAAAAUAUUUGUUGCUGUAUUUGGUGUCCUACUGGCUGUACAGUUAAGUCAGCAAUACAAACUUAGAGAUGACGAUCUCAAAGAUGUAGUGGCGGCCUUAAUGAACAGAGCUCUAAAUACUACGAGAACCUCCUUAGAAAGAAUAGAACAAGAAGUGAAAAACCUUGAACAAAACAAAACGGAAAUCGAAGCUAGAGUCGUCGCUCAACUUUUGAAAGUUGCAGAUGCCCUUAAUGAACUUCGCCUAAAUCUUAUUAACUCUCUAAGAGACGGAGCAACUGACGAUGGUAAAGCCGUACUGGACUGUAUCGUUGCCAAUCACGAUACUGUCGAUGCCGCCCUGGAAAAAUUCGUAACUGAUCUUGGUACCUGCGCAGUAGACAACACUUUGAUCUACAACGCUCUACUAGACAUGAUUAGCCAAAUGAAUGACCUAAUAGCCAAAACUCAAGCAAAUGUUGAUACCUUGAGCUCUUGUAGUUCUGACAGUACCACUUGUUUGGUUGCAUUUGCUCAAGCUCAGAUUGCACAGUUGCAAAAUGUACGUGAAAUUAUAGAAGCAGAUUUGGUGAAAGCCGAGCAGUUAGUCAAGGACCUUUUGAAUUUGGUGAGGACGUGCGCCGAUACUGGGUCUUCGGAGUUAAAAGAGAGUAUGCAGAAGGUUUUUAACGCUGCAGUUGUUUGUAUUAAGAGUUAGAUCAUUACCUUGAGGUUAAACGUAAUGUUAUAUGAUGGAUUUACUUAAAUAAAAUGGUGAUUUGAUACUUGUAAAAA